AUGUUUUAUAUUUUUUCUUACAUUUUACAUGUCUGUUACAUUAAGGACUAUACACUUCAAGCAAGUGAAGAGGAAGUUUUACAUAAUACUCACAAUUCUGAUCCUUUGGAAUUAUAUAAAACAGCGGAGCCGGUAGACAGUGAAGGCCACGGACCUUACGUUCCAGGUUCAGCGACAGAACCAGACAAACGCCACGAAAGCUAUGAUCUUUUAGUGAAAGACGCGGUUGAAAAAAUUCACGGCCCUCAGGAAGAACCAAAUGAAAAAUUUUGGCGUAAAGUUGCCGAAAAUGCGAAACAUGUAAAGGACAUGAAAGAAACCAAAAGACCCUUAACAUUGCCCCAUGUAAAUGUUACGCAAAAUUUUAGUUUUGCUAAAAAUAUGCAUGCUGGUAAUCUUGAACACCAACCCUUGCCAGAUACCUUGGGCUAUAGACAUUUAACUAAGGUGGGCGAACAUCGUGAUUCAGAUAUCGUUGUCAAACCUUAUGCGAUAGGUUGGAAAGGAUAUGGUGCAUCUGGUCCGACGUGUUGCACGAAAAUGCGUGUACACAGACCAAAAACGUGUGACCCCAAAAAGCCUGAAACGGAAGAACGCAAGCAACGCCCAGCAACAUCAUUUGACCUAGGCGGACAGUACAAAAAGCCAUUAUCCCUCAUGGACUUGGCCAUAUGCUGGGAUUUCAAAACUGACGAUCACCGAGAACCAAAACCCCCGAAGCACAUAGAUGGCUCAAAUGGCUCCACGGCACCGGCAGUUUUUACAAUGGUCCACACCCCGAAGGACGAACAGGAAUAUAUAACUGGCCAUUCACAAUCAAUUUUUAACCAGAAUCGUAAUGGACAAGAUGUUGGCCGUCACAGUGUACCACAUUUUGAAAAAGACAUGACGAAAGAAAAGAGGAAGGAUGCAUGCGAUUUACAAAAUUGUCCACAACAUACAUAUAAUGGUAAAGAGUCCAGAUCCAAGUCUUCUAGUAGGAAAAGCUCGGCACAGUCAUCGAAAGAUGGAAAAUGUGAUGGUGUAAAUGGAUGCGGUACUGUUUCGUCUUCCAAGAACUCAAGCCGUGAUUACAAACCCGAUAAAUACGUAAAAGAAACUAGCAACAACCGUGGAAGUCGACGUAUUAACAGCUUAGAAUCGUAUACCAAAACUCCUCUGGCACAGGGGAAAUUGCACCAAAGUUCCCCGAAUGAAUCUCAAAUAUCCCAUUCACCAAAAGACAGUAUAUCAUCUAACAAUAACGGGAAGCAUCGUCAUUGUUAUUCCUGUGGCGGCGAUAAAGUUGCGAAAGAAAUAAAGCAGAAAGAAGACUAUAAGUUCGCAUUUAAAGCUGGCAAUCCCAACUCAAUUCAAAGCACAAACUCCAACGAUUCCAAAGGAGUUAAGAUGCCAAAAAUGCGUCAUCCAUAUACAAAGAAAUCAUAUACCAUUCCCACUUUGGCACCACCAUUUAGUAUUUGGCGCGAUGCGAAUGCUACUGGCUAUCCUGAACAUUGGAGAUUAGCCAGUGUUUAUCAACAUGCUUAUAAGCCACCAGAACAAAGACGAAAACCUCUUAUUAAUAGUGUAUAUCAGUAAUGUUGGGACCAAAAUAAAAAACUUUAGAUAUAA